AUGGGAAGACAUUGUAUUAAAAAUAGAAAUGGUGGAUUGAUCUCCUACAAAAAGUCUAAAGCAAAGGAGUUAGUUAAUAGCGCUAACAAAAUAUCUUGUUUAACUAAGGAACUCAAUAUAUCACUAGAAAUUCCUGACUACCUAAAUGUAAAUAAUGCUAUCACUGUUGAAUGCAUAAAAGCAUCUAAAGUUGAUGUAGCAGUUGUUGACGAAUUAAUGCAACUACUUCAAGAAAAUAUGCAAAGUUUGUAUAUUUCAUCGUCGUGGGGUUGGAAUGCAGAAGCUAAACGAGCUGAAGCAUUUUCAUCAAAAUCUUGGUUAAUUAUUUGUCGUUGUCAAACUUCUGAAAAUCAGUCAAUAGCUGGAUUUGUUAGUUUUCGGUUCGAAUGUGAAGAAGAGCAUCCUGUGUUAUAUUGUUAUGAGAUCCAGUUAUAUCCACAGUUUCGUCAUUUACAUAUUGGAACAUUUUUAAUGAAUCUACUAUUGUCUAUUUCAUUGGCAUUGAAUAUGCAUCGUGUUAUGUUGACAGUGUUCAAGUCGAAUAAAAGUGCCAAUAAGUUCUUUGAGAAACUAGGAUUUGAAACCGAUGAAACAGAUCCUUCUAUGUUCAAAGGAGUUAAAACUGUUGACUAUAGGAUUCUGUCCAAAUUAACUGUUCAACGAAAUUUGAAUGCCGAAAGUCAAUUUGCUACUUCUCUACAGACUUGAAGUAUAAAGUCAUUCCGUAUGUAGUUUUAUUGCUCAGUGUAAAAUACAAUCAUAAACUUUUGUUACUGUUAUAUCUUAUGGCCGAGUGGAUGACUAGUUGAUGUAUGACUUGAUAAGACCGCCAAUUAGAGAGCA